AGUGGUCGCAUGUGCAAUUGAACAUGGCAUGAACAAUAUUGAAUGUUUCAUUUCGAGCAAUAAGACAUGGCAUCUCAAUGAAUUCAUUUCACUGAAAAAGAACGACGAUUGGAAACCGACCGAAAUUGAGGCUCGUCAUGAUCAAUCGCUUUUCGAGGCGGUUUUAAGUAAAUUGAGUGAUUUGAUUGCAUCAAGAUCGAUUCAAUUUUCGAUGCCACAAAAUGUUGAUGAUAUGUCGCCCGAAGGUCGUGUCAAAUCGGGCUUUGAUUUUUCCGGCUUGACAAAUUUUGUUGGAACGGGCAUUGGACCUGAAGGCAGAAAAAAGAAAAAACAUGGAAUGAUGGGCAUGACAGUUAUCGCAAUGAUCGCGCAACUUUUUCUCGGGAAGAUCGCUUUUUUGGCCGGUGCAGCAUUGCUGCUAUCGAAAAUUUCACUGUUGUUUUCCAUUGUCAACGCAUUGAAAAAGCAUGGAACCGGCAAUUCGGGAGGCAGCGGAGGUGGAGACCAUGUCGUAUACAGUGAUCCAGGGCACGGUGGCUAUCAACGAAGUAUCAUCGAAUCACCGAUGGAUUGGGUUUUCACGGAUGAACCACCAAGCACAUUUUCACCGAUUCUAACGUAAUCAAUAGCUGGAUAGCAGACCUAGUAUA